AUGAGGUUCAUAUACGUUAGAAUUGGUUGGGAAGAUAGUGCUCAUGAUAGUCGUGUCUUGUUGGAUGCUAUUUCCAAUCCUAGUGUAGUCUUUCCCGUGCCACUGGUUGGAAAACAUUACGUAGUUGAUGCAGAGUACAGACACAUGCCAGGUUUCAUGGCCCCUUUCAAGAGUAAUCCAAAAGGGAGAUUACAGACUGAACAGAAAGGAUUAUUUAAUCGCCACCAUUCUUCGGUUCAGAAUGUGAUAGAGAGGACUUUGGGGGAGAUGCAGCCAUAUAACCUCUACUUGACGGAUGCUGCCUCUAAUAUGGAUGUCGGAGGUACCGAGGGAGCUGAAAUGCUACAAUUCCACGUCACUUCAGAAGCACUCUAUGAUUGGAAGGAAUUACGAAAUGCAAUGGCUGAUCACAUGUGGAUGCACCGAAAUGAGUAUAUGGUGGCCUGUCCUAAUUUCCACGCUGAUUACUUGAUUCCCACAUAG